AGCACAAAACUUCCCACGUAACACCAAUACACGAACGCUUCCCCUCCUGCCACGUCACCCAUCACAAGUACUUUCCGUAAUCAACAUGAACUUCCCAAUCUACCCCCACUCCCCCUCCAAAUUCACCAACCCACCCUCCCCUCAUAUAAAAAAGAUAAAACGCAGAACGCACAACACUCCCGAGGGACCCUAAUACCCAUUUCGGUAAUAACACAAUCGCAAUCCGUUACUCACUCUCUUCCAUGGCGACGGGGUUACUGAAGAGGGCGGCGCAGCGUGUCCCCUCCUCGCCGGCGUUCAAGCUGGCCCUUCUCCGGGCCCACGCGUCGGAGGCGCAGGCCCAGCAGGUGGAGCCCAAGGCCCGUGAAACCCCGACCCUCAAAACCUUCCAAAUCUACCGCUGGAACCCCGAAAACCCCUCAAAGCCCGAGCUCAAGGACUACCAGAUCAACCUAAAGGAGUGUGGGCCCAUGGUCCUCGACGCGCUCAUCAAGAUCAAGAACGAGAUCGACCCGAGCCUCACGUUCCGCCGCUCGUGCCGCGAGGGGAUCUGCGGCUCCUGCGCAAUGAACAUCGACGGCUGCAACGGCCUGGCGUGCCUCACCAAGAUCCCCUCGGAAAAAAACUCCGCCGCCACGACGAUCACUCCUCUGCCGCACAUGUUCGUGAUCAAGGACCUGGUCGUGGACAUGACGAACUUCUACAAUCAGUAUAAGAGUAUCGAGCCCUGGCUGAAGAGGAAGAACCCACCGGUGCCGGGAAAAGAGAUUCUGCAGAGCAAGAAGGAGAGGGAGAAGCUCGACGGGAUGUACGAGUGCAUUCUCUGCGCCUGCUGUAGCACCUCUUGCCCCAGCUACUGGUGGAACCCCGAGUCCUAUCUCGGUCCCGCUGCGUUGCUCCACGCUAAUAGGUGGAUAAGCGACAGCCGUGAUGAGUACACUAAGGAGAGAUUGGAUGCCAUUAAUGAUGAAUUCAAGCUCUAUCGCUGCCACACCAUAUUGAACUGUGCUCGUGCCUGCCCAAAGGGGUUGAACCCAGGAAAGCAAAUCUCACAUAUCAAGUCACUUCAGCCUAAAGCUUAAAAUUCUAUUUUUAGAGGCAUGAUGAUGUUUGCAUUUGAUCAUUUGUGUUGGAACUUUGUAUUUCUUCAAAGUUGGGGAUGAUUUAGCUAUAUUCUUGAUUAAUAAAACCUGAGCCCCUUUUGUAAAACUUGGGUUUUAAGUUUUUAUUGACUUUGUGUUUCUGAAAUAAAUGUCAAUAGCAAACAGAACCCCAUCUCAUAAAAUUGGCUGUAGCUAUGUUGGAUUUAGAUA